GAAAUAGAAAAGGCAAGAAGCCUAUAUAAGUGGGGGUCCCACCCGGGGUUUCACCUUUCCCCGAGCACCUCCAAAAUCCACCGGCCUUUCCCGGAGCGCAGUCGACAGUUGCAAGGAUGGCUAUGACUGACUUGCUCAACGCGGACGAUAUCAAGAAGGCGGUGGGAGCCUUUGCAGCUGCUGAAUCUUUUAACCACAAGAAGUUCUUUGAAAUAGUGGGGCUGAAAAAGAAGAGCCUCGAAGAUUUGAAGAAAAUUUUCCACAUCCUGGACAAAGACCGAAGUGGCUUUAUUGAGGAGGAUGAACUAAAGUUUGUAUUGAAGGGAUUUACCCCUGAUGGCAGGGACUUGUCUGAUAAAGAAACCAAGGCACUCUUGGCUGCUGGAGAUAAAGAUGGAGAUGGCAAGAUUGGCGUUGACGAAUUCACAUCCUUGGUGACGAGCUCAUAAAAGCUUUGCCCAAUCUGAAUCCUUCAUCCACCCUUCGCUGCCUGAUUCCAACUGUUCUCUGCUGACCUUCAUAGUUCCUCUUCUGUUUAUUUAUGUUGUUUUAUACUCCAAGUCUGUUUUCUGCAGCCCUGUAACACUGUAAUUGCCUGAAAGAUGCUGUUAAAAUAAUAAAGGUCACAUCAAUCUGG